CUGAGCCACCGGAGGCGGAGUGUUGAUGAUAGUCCGCGAGCCGCGCGCACCGCCGUUAUAUUCCUCUGCCACCUUACCGAACGCGAGCUCACCUGCGCCUCAGGUGUACCCGGGCACACCUGAGCUCACCUGGAUCGCAGCCAUCUGGUCAAUCCCCGCGGACUACAGGCUGCUGACCGCGGCGGCACAAGUGUGGGGGUUGUUUGUUGGAGCAGCAGCACCUGAAGGAGGCGUCCUCCCUCAGGUAACCAGGAACCGAUCCCCCGCGAGCAGCACCCGGUACCCACGGACCCCUUUUGACCUCCCCUCUGGUGUUAAAUCAUGCCCCGGGCCUUCCUGGUGAAGAAGACCGGCGUGUCUCCCGGUAAACGGAAUUGGAGCGAGGUGUCGGACCACGAGCGCGGGGACGUGUAUAUUCCAGGCUCGUUCUACCCCCACCCCAGCCUGAUGGUGGAGAUGGAGGCCUCCCCAGCAGAGGGGGGUCCUCUCUGCCUCAUCAAGCGCCGGGCCCCGCGCAGCGAGACGCCCCCCCUGCAGGCCAUGCUGCCAGCCAGCACCCUGCUGGGACAGCCCCUUCUCUCCUCCUCCCCCCCCCCACACACACCUCGGCUGCAGCAGCGGGAGGAGGAGGAGGAAGUGAGGUCGGAGGUCAGAUUCAGAUCGACGGCCAACCCCACAUACGUGCGCUCCAAGAUCAAGGUGACUACGGGUCAGUUUCCAGAAGAAUCCCUUCCCCCUUCCCUGCCACUCCCUCCUCCUCCUUGUCCUAGUCCACGCCCCUCCCACAACGUCACCAUGACUCCCGGUGAGGUGGUGAAGAGCAUUGGCGCACCGGCGACCAGCUUGGAACAGGGUCAAAGUUCCUUAGCAGGAGCUACAGGGCCGUACACAUGCGAGGUAUGUCAAAAGGGUUUCCAGUACCAGAGGAUGCUGAACCGUCACAUCAAGUGUCACAACGACAGCAAGAGGCACCUCUGUACCCACUGUGGGAAAGGAUUCAACGACACCUUCGACCUCAAGAGACAUGUGCGCACACACACAGGAGUGCGUCCCUACAAGUGCGUCCAGUGCGACAAGGCGUUCACCCAGCGCUGCUCGCUGGAGUCCCACAUGAAGAAGAUCCACGGCGUGAGCCAGAAGUACGCGUACAAAGAGCGCCGCAACAAGCUGUACGUCUGCGAGGAGUGCGGCCACACGGCCGGCACCCAGGACCAGCUGCUGCUGCACCUCCAGAGCCUCCACCCCGACAGCCCCUGCCUCCGCCACAAGGGGGCGCGCCGCGGCGGCCGAGGGCAAGAGGGCGAGGAAGGAGAGGAAGAAGAGGAUGAGGGGGGAGAGGGCCGAGAGGAGGAGGGGUCUCGCCCCGGGUCACCCCGGGGUGUGGAUAGCGACGACACGAUCGGAUCUACGGGGCAAUGAACACUGUGUGUGUGUGUGUGUGUGUGUGUGUUUGCCAUGAAAAACAAUAACAGUAACAGGCACUACUCCCUCCAAAAAUUGGUGUCUGUGUCUGAUCGCGUGUGUGUGUGUGUGUGUGUGUGUGUGUGUGUGUGUGUGUGUGUGUGUGUGUGUGUGUGUGUGUGUGUGUGUGUGUGUGUGUGUGUGUGUGUGUGUGUGUGUGUGUGUGUGUGUGUGUGUGUGUGUGCGCGUGUGUGUGUAUGCAUGAUCCAUUGGAUGUAUGAAGGGAUUAAUAUAGGUAGGGAGGGAUGUGUGAAUGGGUGAGGGCUUGUUGGAAAUGUGUAUUUAUAUUGAUUCAGAAGAAAUUAUGCCUUGAAUGAGAUUAUGAAAAAACAUUCUGCCAAGUAUAAAAAGUUUCCAGCCAUAGUGAGUCCUUAUGAACGGACUCUGUGUGUAAAUAUCCCUGUGGGUCCUUUUGUACAGAGAAAUUACAUUUUCUAUGAAUGUUAUCAAUUAAAGGGAGUAAUAUAUUGUGCAAAAAGAUAUUUUGGAUAGUUUUUUAUUCCAUGUUUACUUGACGCAGCUGUACUUUAAAUUUGGAUUAAGAUUACAAUAAUGCCCUUCGAGUUUAUAAACUCUGCUUGGUUUUGAAACGAUCAAUGAACAAACAAAAACUUGCACAGAUGUACUAGCUAUCGGAUUUCUGCCUUUCUUUUACACUACAAUUCAGUUUUUUCUCUAAUUCCUUUCUUUUUAAUAAAUUUCCCACUUUUCAUGUCCUUUUUUUUUCUUUGUUUAAUUUAUAAACUGCUUUCGCAAAUUAAAUGAAACAAAUGCCGAAACGGCUAAUUAGAGAGAAGCUAGAGAGAGGGAGGACAAGAAUGGUUGCCUCGGUGGGGUUGAAUUCCUGCUCCGUGUCGGGUCUUGUCGGAGGAAUCCACCGGAAUCCCUCGUUGCAUGCUUCGGCCUCUCAAGCACUUAACGGUACCCGAGGCUGUUUUCAAAGGUGACGGCUAAAUAACGGUCUCACCUCAUGAGUAUAACGACAUUGAAAGGGCCUAUUUACCCAGGACCAGUGGAUACCUUGAGUGCGUAGGUCUAGGUAUAACUCUACCGAUAGGCUUUCUAAACACUGCUAAUGUAGUGUCAUCAACAGGUCGUAAGAUAAGAUGUACCAAUUAUUCCUCAACCUGAAAGAAGGCCUUACGGACAGAAACAGAAGUUAUAAAGAGAGGAAUUGGAAUCAUAACAGACUGUUACAUUUACAUUUUUGGCAUUUAGCAGACGCUUUUAUCCAAAGCGACUCACAAUAAGUACAUUGGUCAUAAGAAGUGCAUCAAUAUAUCGCUGUCGGUACAGAAAGGAUGUUCAUAGAACCAAGUGCAAGUAAAAC